AUGUUUGCUAAGCUUUUUGUUUUACAAAUAAUUAAGAUUUUCGACACUGUGAAAAGACUAUCACUUGGUGGCAAUGAAACUCGAUUCACUUGUGACUGCAAAACACCUAGUGCACUCCAGCUAUGGUUACGAGAGAAGAGAAAUCGGGACAAGGUGGUUUAUCUCUACUAUUUUUUGCAUUUUUGUGAUCCAAUAUCACAUGUUAUGUGGCUCCUAGCACUAUUUGCUGCUCUGCAUUCGUCAUCCAUGACUACAGAAUCAGAGGAGAAACAUACAGAUAUUACUUUGAUUAAGUGGUCCUCAGACGUUCGUCGUGUCCUUAAAUCGAACGCAUCGGCCCUGGAGCGCGACAAAGAGGAAUAG